CGAUUGUGCAAUGUGAACCUUUUUAUGCCAUGCAACUUCUGUCCUUAUUGCGGCUGUAGAGUUACAGCAAAGGAAUUUUAUAUGUAUUUUGUAUAUGUAUUGCCAAAAUUGUGGUACUAAAAUAUUACAAGGCGGAAGUUUUUGUCAUAAUUGUGGCCAUGCGGUUGCAAAAAAAGAUUCCCUUGUGCAGUGUAAUAACAUUAUCCAGUCUUAUAACAACUCUGGCACAUCUAACAAUCAAAGCCCUCCAGCAAGUGGCUCAACUUCCAUCAUUUGUAAUGACAGUAUGCCUCGUGACUUACGUCCUAUGACCUUUCAUGAAUUUCGAAAACAAAAAGAACAAGAUAGAUGCUCUAAAUUCUCAAUUUCUAAAACAAAAAAGAGGAGCAUUUCAACAGCAAAUAAAAAAGCUAGGUUAGCACAAGAAGUGAAAGUGCAAGUUGGUGUGGUUAGAGAAAGUGUUGAAGAUGGUAGAUUGAAAAAAAUCAAAGGAAGAACUAUUCCUGUAUUAUUUAAUAAAGACGACAAUGCCAAGGUAUUGCUCGAAAAGACAGUUGAGAAACAUGCAAGGCACUUUAAACAAUUUGACAGAGAUGAUACUUAUGUCAUUCUCUAUCAAGAUAUGACUCUUGUUAAAGGUUUACCAGGUAGUAACACACCUUUCACCCUUGGAGAAUACAAACGAGACCUACUAAAACCCUAUUGUAAAAUUUUCUUCUGGUUAUGUCCGAAAGAUGAUUUUGAACAUUGUUCCUGUUACAAUGAAGACAAUCAUUCAGACGAAGAGCUUCUGUUUGUUCCAUUUAAUUGUAAUGUUGACAAUAGCAACUUAGGAAUUCAAGAGUUACCAUCACCAAAACAUGCAACUACUUCGGAGUCAACAACGUCUUUGACAGCACCAAACAUCCCAUGUUCAUCUCAACCUAAAUUGUCAUUGCAACAGACGUCAGGCAGCAUUGAAAAAUACUUGGUCACAACUCACCAGUGUCCAACAUGUUUGAUACAUUUUCCUCGCAAUGAAAUUGAAGUUCAUGCCGAUCUUUGUGCUGAGACAUAUAUAGAUACUGUUGGUGAAUGUGAAUCUGAUGACCAAGACUGUGAAAUCCAGAUUGUGGAGGGAAACUUAUUGAGUGAAAAAGCUAAAAGUGUGACUGAUAAGUUGGAAACUGUGCAACAAGUUGUUGAAAAUUUAAAGAGCAAUUUAAAGAUGACAUUAGUCAACAGAAUAACUAUUCGAAGGCGUUAUGCAUUUAAAGACUAUAUGGAUGCACGACUGAAGAAGUAUUUUAAGUCAGAAGGUAUUCUGAAAGUGUCAUUUGCGGGAGAACCAGCCAUUGAUACAGGUGGCCCAAGACGUGAAUUUUUUACAGAAUGCCUCAACUAUAUACAGAGGAAGCUGUUCAACGAAACAGGAUUUCCAGUAGUGAAUGUACAAGCCUUCGCCAAUGAAGAAUUCAAAGUUGCAGGAGAAAUUAUUGCUGUGUCAAUUGUUCAAGGAGGACCAGCUCCCUGUUUGUUUUCUUCACAAGUGUACAAUUACAUAGUGCAUGGAAUAUCAAGCGUACAUGCACACAACUGGUGUGAACAGUUAAAGGAUGACACAAUUAAAAUAACUGUUGAAAAGAUCAAGUCUUGUGCAAACGAUGAUGAUUUGGUUGCAUUUCUGGAAGAAGACUCGACGAUGAAUGUUUUGCAAGUAAUUGGUUAUUGUGGUAUUCCAUCUAAGGAGUCAAGAGAAACAAGCGACAAGAUAAUUAGGUCUCUUGUGAUAAGUGAUGUGUCAAAAACUCUAGCCAUUAUUGACCAAUUAAUAUCUGGUCUUCAGCUACAUGGGGUUUUGACUGAGUUGUGCAAAAACAGAAAUGUUAUGGAACCAUUAUAUACCAUUGAUGGAGCAAAAACGUUUUCAGUGACAGCUGAUCAUAUUCUAGAUCACAUUUUGAUAGAAUGCAGUCCUGAAGGGAGCAACCAAAAGUUAUUAGAAAUCAAUAUUCACAAGUUUUUUUGUGAUUAUAUUCAAGCUCUUGAAGCUAAAACCGGUAUACAUAGUGAUUAA